AGACCAAAGCCCUGCCCCGGCUGGUGGUCGGGGGCCUUGGAGAUUCAAAUACCAGUGGUUGCGCGUCCCUAGAGUCGUCUGACCUUUCCAACCAGAACGCCUUCCCAAGACCCAACGUUGGGGAUUUCUUUCUGCCACUCUGCCCUUGUACCCCCCUACAGCCCUCUGCCGCCAGCUUCCCUGCUGCGCGCUUCCACCUAUGGGCGACAUCAGACACCGGCCAUGGACCCAGCACCUGCAAUCGGGUCCUGGGACCGCUACACUCAAGACACCGCCCAGGUCGUCUGCUGGCUGCUUGGCGACAGCGAUCAUGAACAAGACGCCGCCCGCAGGUCACUGAGGUCAGUGACAAGGCUGAAGCUCGUUGCAGCCGGACGCUGGACAGAGGGUGUCCAGAUGCCCGACGCAACCCGGCAUGCCCUCGAUAGGUCUAUCGCAACAGCCACCCGGUUUUCCGAAUGGGUCCUGCACCAGCGAGGGGACUACCGAGUUCCAGCCGCUGUCAGCCAGGCUGCGCCCCCCCCCGAUGUCCUCGAGACCAAGGAUCUCCUAUUCAUCCAGCGCAUGUUCCCGACCAGAACUGCGGCCUCUACCGUCAUUCCAGGCCUCUCCAGCACAACAUCCCAUGAGACCACCAGAGGUCUAGGCGACAAUCCCAUCCCCGCCCCUGUUGAUGUCACAGCAGAGUAUCCCAUCAUCGUCCACCCUGCGUUGGCCAUCUUCUGCCUGAUCUCGGACAUGCAUGAAGCCAGGGCUCAGCUGCGGUGCGUAUGGGACAAGUACCGGCGUCAUGAAAUUGAUCUUAUCACGGCUGAUGCUACUACCGAAGUCGCCGUCGGCAUCAUCAGUGACAUGGGCGAGGCAAUCAAACAUCAAGUCACCCGCCGAUUUCCUGAUACAUGUCUCCAUCACUUCGGCCUCCAUCUCGGUCUACUCCUCACCUACCUCGCCACCGGGACAUUUGUCGGGGCUACAGAUCUGCUUGACAUGGUCGGAUUUGCUGCCGUCCAGGCCACUAUGGAACAGACAAUCAGAUUCCCAGCUACAUGCGAGCUUUCGACUUGGACGAUGCGAGACUUCAGCCUCCUGUUGAUAGCUGCCGCAAAAGUCCCAGAGGGCGCCCAGGACCUGAACAAACAUCUCCCCCGCGACUUUCAGCAACUCUUGGAUGACUUCUGUCUCGUCAGCCGUCUCGUCCAGCAGGCGAACCAGUUUCCCAACGCUGACUGCCCCCUGGCUGCUACGUACCUCAACCCUCUCCUAUACAGCUUCCGUCUCUCGAAAAACACGGAAUCGGUGCCAACGGCGACUGUCGCCAUGUGUGCCGUUCUCUGCGAUAUCCACGGCACCCAAGGCGUGCUCCCUCAUGCCUAUGCAGACACCAAACGCCUCUGGCAAACCACCUUCUCCCUGAAACGACAACUGCCAUCCGCCAGCGGUCCGUCAACAAGGCAGAAGAUCUUCCAUCAUCACCCCGUCCUUACCGGCGUCAUCAGGUUCGCACUUGGUGCCCGCCAAAGGCUCACAGCGAGCAGACGCCCCCGUUCCCCAAACCAGGACAGCCCAAGCAUCAUCGAACUCCUGUCAGACGCCACCCAACGCUUACCCGAGGGAGCCAUGCACAACACAUUACACAGCAGGGUAAUAGCCAUCCUCGCCACCAAGCACAACCAUGCUAGCGAGCAGGCCAACCUCAGCGUCGCCUGGUUCAUUGAGGCACUGUCCUCCGCCAUCGGGAGGGAAUCUCCAACACUGUUUUGCAUGCAUCCACAAAGCCCUGCCGCCGCACCAUUAAGGUCACCUGACACCAGCCGCACCACCGUCAUCAACCAAGGAAUUCCUCCUACGUAGGGAUAUCCAAGGUUCAGUAGCCACCACAACCUAUAGGCUAAGCAGCCGUUGAGCGUACCAGGAAGCAUUACGAAGGAAGGAAGGAGUGUCAUAUAGAGUUCUAGGAGCCCCCCC